AUGUCUAGAGCUCACAUCGGUCUUUACGCUCCCUUAGUGGGCAUUUUUCUGGGAGCAAUUGUCCUAGGUGCUCCCCUUUCUAACGAAGAGGAUCCUGCGGAGGUUCCUAACUUUUACGAACUUUUUAAUAAUCCCGAUGCCCAUCUAUCCCUAACCCGGGCUCCAGAUACGAUAUAUUUCAUCCAGGAGCAUGGUUACCCAGCGGAGCGCCAUUAUGUGACCACUGAAGAUGGCUAUAUAAUCAGUCUCUUCCGAAUUCCCUACUCUCACAACCUCCAGAACCAGGAUGAGAAGAAACCCAUUGCCUUUAUACAGCACGGACUCUUUGGCAGCUCCGAUGUCUGGCCCAGUCUGGGGCCGGAUGAUGGUCUUCCUUUCCUGCUUUCCGAUGCCGGCUAUGAUGUUUGGCUGGGCAAUGCUCGGGGAAACAGAUACUCCAGAAACCACACAACGCGCUCUACCAGUCAUCCGGACUUCUGGCGCUUCAGUUGGCAUGAGAUUGCUUACUUCGACAUUGCCGCUGCCAUUGAUUACACUCUCUCCACGGAGAAUGGAAGGGACCAGGAGGGAAUCCACUAUGUGGGUCACUCGCAGGGCACCACCGUCAUGUUUGUCCUGAUGUCUUCGAGGCCGGAGUACAACAAGAAGGUUAAGACGGCUCACAUGCUGGCCCCCGUGGCCUUUAUGGAUAACAUGGAGGACGUCAUGGUCAAUUCCCUGUCUCCCUAUCUGGGUUUCAACAACGUUUAUUCGAAGCUUUUCUGCUCUCAAGAGUUUUUGCCCUACAACGAUUUCGUGCUAGCUUUUAUGUACAGUGUAUGUCUGCCGGGAUCCAUUGUUUCCAGUUUUUGCAGCAGCAGCGAGGAAACCACUGUGGAGCAAGGAAGAACUAAUUCGACCGCCAACUCUGUGAUAUCAGGGGCUAUGCCUGCCGGUGUCUCCACGGAUCAGAUCAUCCACUACACGCAGGAGUUCCAAUCGGGGCACUUCCGACAGUUCGACUUCGGCGCCAAGAAGAACCUGAAGAUCUACGGAACAGAGGCGCCUCCCGACUAUCCCACUGAGCUCAUCACAACGGAGAUGCACCUUUGGUACUCGGACAAUGAUGAGAUGGCUGCCGUGGAAGACGUGCUCAGGGUGGCGGACACUCUGCCCAACAAGGUGAUGCACCACAUGGAGGACCCACUGUGGGACCAUGGUGACUUCGCCAACAAUUGGGAAGUGCGUCAGUACAUCAACGAACCGAUUAUAGCCAUCAUGAACGAGUACGAAGCUAGAUCGGAGACCAACUCUGGCCAAUAGUUUAGUGCCCCAGCUAUCAUAGUUUAUAAUUAUGUAAAUACGAACAAAUCCAGCUAUAUCUUAUCUUUAGCGGAUGCAGCUGAGACAUCCACAAGUAUACUCACUUCACUGUUGAAAUGGUCUAUCAGAUUUGCACUUCACACUCGACUUUUAUUUCUCCCGUAUGCAAUUCAACUCAUUAGAAUUUAGCCGA